ACACGCGGCGCGGGCCAAAUCUGAUGAAUCUGCCGCCCGUCACUGCCAACUUCUUUCUCUUCUUCUCUCAUCUCGACUUCUUCUGCGGUUCUUUUUGCAGUAUUUCGUGACUUUUCAUUCAUCAUUCAGAAGUAAUAGACUAAGAUCGACAUGGCCCCUCCCGCUGAUGCUCCUCCUGCCACUGGCUCGACCGCCGCCCCUCCCGCGGAAUCUGUUUCCACCCGCUUGAUCAAGCUUGCGAAGACCCUGCAAUUCGCCUGGUUCACCGGCCACGUCUUCGUCCUCGUCGGCGUCCUCUUCUACGUCCUCUCCGCCAUCCGCUUCGCGCCCGGCACCUCAUGGGCCCGGUUCUGGUACCGUGAGACCUACUUUUCAGUGAUUGCCACAUACGGCAUCGUGCUCUACCGAUCGUACCGUGCCAGCACGCCGACCGCCACCACAAUCAUCCGUGACGAUAACGUCCAGUACCUCUUCAUCGCGUUGCUCUGGCUUAUCUCGAAGCCUCUGCUCAUCACCCUCCCUCCCUUUGCCAUCUACUCCUUCUUCCACGUGCUGACCUACACCCGCACCAACCUUCUCCCUACCCUCGGCCAGCCGACCACUACUGGCCCUGCUGCCCAGAUCCAGUCGUUUGUUGACAACUACAACGACAAGUUCACCGCCCUCGUCGGAAACCUCGAGCUCGUCCUGCUCGUCCGCUUGUUCUUCAACGCCAUCCUCUUCCGCAAGGGAUCUUGGAUCUCGCUCAUCAUCUACGGUGCCUUCAUCCGUCUCCGCUUCGAGCAGUCUGCCUUCACCCGCCAGGCCGUCAAGAACUGGGAAGUCAGAGCCGACAGCUUGAUCGCCCACCCCUCUGUUCCCGCUGGCGUCAAGAACGGCUGGGAGAAGGCCAAGGCUACUCUCAAGGGCGGCUCUGCCGUUCCCCCUGUGUCGAAGACCCAGUAAGCAGACAAUCAUUGAGAUGGCGGUGCCUUUUAUGGUCUGUCUGGAUCCGACGGUGGGCGAGAUCAUUUAGUCACACGACGAGUGUGCCGAGCCCUUCCACCCCUUCUUUCCUCUUUUUUUCUUCCUCUUCUUCAAUUUACUUGUUAUCUAUUCGAUUGAUCGCGUGAUGCAAAUGUCGUCGUCUAGAUAGGAGUACUUUCACGUGAUUUUACUAUUUUUUCUUUUUGCUUGUCUUCAUGAGAGAUCUAUCUUGAGUUGAUUGUCGUGAGCAAGAACCUGUAUUUUAUUAUUACUUACAUUACCAUUCUAUAUAUCUUUUAUUAUCCUCUUGUUGCUCUGAAUACAGAUAAACAAUAAACAAUAAACAAGAACCACCGCUGAUCUGCACUCCAGAGAUCAGC